CGCCAAGAUAGUAAAGGGGGAUGGGUCAAAAGAAAUUCAAGUUGGGGAGGUAAUUGCUAUCACAGUUGAAGAUGAAGAGGACCUUGGAAAGUUCAAAGAUUACACUCCAUCAUCUGAUGCUGGUUCCGCAACUCCUAAAGCAGAACCAGCUCCAACUUCUGCCCCACCAAAGGAAGAGAAGAUGGUGCAGCCAGCCAGCGUUUCUGAACCCAAGAUUUCCAAGCCCAGCCAAUCUCCUUCAGAAGAUCGAACGUUUGCUAGUCCUCUUGCUAGAAAGAUGGCUGAAGACAAUAAUGUACCUCUCUCAAAAAUCAAAGGAACAGGUCCUGAAGGACGGAUUGUGAAGGCUGACAUCGAAGAUUACUUAGCAUCAAGUGGUAAAGACGUUGCCAAGCCAUCCAAGGGUGUGGGCACACAGGUUCCAUCUUUGGACUAUGUUGACAUUCCUCACUCUCAGAUUCGAAAGGUCACUGCCUCACGCUUGUCGUUUUCAAAGCAAACUAUUCCUCACUACUACUUGACUGUGGAUACAUGUGUAGACAAACUGAUGGAUCUGAGGAGCCAACUCAAUUCGUUGCAAGAGGCAUCUGGCGGGAAACGGAUAUCUGUCAACGAUCUUGUUAUUAAGGCUGCUGCAUUGGCACUACGUAAAGUUCCUCAGUGCAACAGUUCAUGGACAGACGAAUAUAUCCGGCAGUAAGUACAUUUACUCUUCAGAAUUUUGCAUCAACUCUAAAU